AAAAGAGUGUGCAAGUGUUUAUAAACCUCCUUCUUCUACUUACUUUCACAACACACCCCGCUAAUUUCGAAACCUCGUAAACAAAACAAAAAUGGCUUCACGUCUCGGCGUCUCCCUACGCGCCGCCUUAACCGCAUCUCACGCCCCUCACCCCCACGACGGAAGACGACGUCACUCGCCCUCGAUUUUCACGGCCCCAUCUCCGAACCGAAUCGGAUUGAGGACACUUAGGGUUUCGAAUGACGGACCCGAGUCGUACCUGGAUAUGUGGAAAAACGCAGUGGAUCGGGAGAAGAAGGAGAAGGCCUUCGAGAAGAUAGCAGAGAAUGUUGUUGCUUCCGAUGGCGGCGAGAAAGGGGAAGGAGAUUUAGUCAAGAAGAAGAGCGAUGAUUUUCAGAAGAUUCUGGAAGUUUCUGUGGAGGAGAGGGAUCGGAUUCAGCGGAUGCAGGUCGUUGAUCGUGCAGCCGCGGCUAUCUCGGCCGCGAAAGCGAUUCUUGCGUCUAAUAAUUCAGGUGACGGCAAAGAUGGAUUUCAAGAUGAGGAGAAGAGUGGUGGGAGUGAAGUCGGCGAGACUCAGAACAAUGCUAAAUCCAAAGGGAUGUGGAGCAGAACAGUGUAUGUGCCUCGUUCAGAAACUUCUGGUUCCGAGACACCAGGACCUGACUUUUGGUCUUGGACACCUCCUCAAGGUAGUGAGAUGAGUUCCAGUUCGAGUAUGGACUUGCAAGCUAAGCCUGCCGAGUUUCCGACCUUGUCAAAUCCUGUAUUGGAGAAAGAACCUUCAGCUGAUUCUCUCUCCAUACCUUACGAGAGUAUGCUUUCCACCGAAAGACAUAGCUUUGUUAUCCCGCCUUUUGAGUCUUUGAUCGAGGUUAAAAAGGAGACAGAGACAGAGACUAAGCCCUUAUCUUCGGAACAUGACCUGGAUGCCGUAUCUUCAGCAAAUGCGGAAGAAGUGGCUCGUGUUCUUGAUGGUUUGGACGAUUCUUCGUCCUCUGGAGUUAGCCAAGAGGGAUUGAAGUGGUGGAAGCAAACGGGUGUUGAGAAAAGGCCUGAUGGUGUGGUCUGCAGGUGGACGAUGAUACGUGGUGUGACUGCUGAUGGUGUUGUCGAGUGGCAAGACAAGUAUUGGGAGGCUUCUGAUGAGUUUGGGUUUAAGGAACUUGGUUCUGAGAAAUCAGGACGUGAUGCCACUGGGAACGUCUGGCGCGAGUUCUGGAGAGAGGCAAUGAUGCAAGAGAAUGGUGUUGUGCAUAUGGAGAAAACAGCAGACAAAUGGGGAAAGAGUGGACAAGGCGAUGAAUGGCAAGAGAAGUGGUUUGAGCAUUAUGAUGCUACCGGAAAAUCAGAAAAAUGGGCUCAUAAAUGGUGCAGCCUUGACCGUAACACACCACUUGAUGUUGGCCACGCUCAUGUCUGGCAUGAGAGGUGGGGAGAGAAGUAUGACGGGCAAGGCGGAAGCACAAAGUACACAGACAAGUGGGCGGAGAGGUGGGUAGGGGAUGGUUGGGAUAAAUGGGGAGACAAAUGGGACGAGAAUUUUAACCCGAGCGCUCAAGGAGUGAAGCAAGGUGAGACUUGGUGGGAAGGGAAGCAUGGUGACCGAUGGAACAGGAGUUGGGGUGAAGGACAUAACGGUUCGGGUUGGGUACACAAAUACGGGAAAAGCAGUAGUGGAGAACAUUGGGACACACAUGUUCAACAAGAGACAUGGUAUGAGAGGUUCCCUCACUUUGGCUUCUUCCACUGUUUUGACAACUCUGUUCAGCUCCGAGCUGUACGGAAGCCUUCUGAUAUAGUAAAUGAUGGAGAAAAGCAAUAAAUAAAUAGCAUUUGGUACAUUGAGAACUACUUCUCUCUGAUGAUUUACUAGUUGCCUUUGGGUUUAAUAGGUGUUCCCUAAGGUUAAGUGGGGUAAGAUAGUGUUAUAUAAAUGUUGUCAAAAAUGUAGUGUUGUAUAAAAAAAUUAUUGAUUAACUCGUCAUUUUCUUUUUGUAACACUACUCGUCAUUUUCUUUAUCUUUUUUUUUGGGUUAAAACUUAAAAUCUCUCUUAAAUGUAGUGUUGAAAUCUUUGUUUAUCUAUUUUUCUGUUUGUUUGUUUGAGGUUUUUUCUUCUAUCAUAUUUGCCAUUUCUAUUCUUUUCUUUCUUUUUUUGGUCAAAUAUUUGCCAUUUCUAUUCAUCAACUGAUAACGUGUGAUAUAGAUAUUCGAUCCAAAGAUUGAUGAGGC